GCGGACGGCCCGGAGAUGGUGACGCAAUGCCCCAUCUGCCCCGGCGGCCGCUACACCUACCGGUACAACGUGACCGGGCAGGAGGGGACGCUGUGGUGGCACGCGCACAGCUCCAUGCUCCGCGCCACCGUCCAUGGCGCCAUCGUCAUUCGACCGAGGAACGGCGACCAUGGGUACCCUUUCCCAAAGCCUCACAAGGAGGAGAUCAUAAUGCUGGGCGAGUGGUGGAACCGGAACGUGUUCGACUUGGCGCGCAAGGCCUUCCUCGCAGGCACUCUGGUGGAUCCGGCCGAUGCCUACACCAUCAAUGGCAUGCCUGGGGACUUGCACAGGUGUUCGAGCAGCAGAACGUUCAAGCUCAAGGUGCAGAGCAACCGCACCUACCUGCUCCGGAUCAUCAACGCGGCGGUGAACACGCCCAUGUUCUUCAAGAUCGCCGGGCACAGCUUCACCGUCGUUGGCGCCGACGCGAGCUACACGACGCCGUACGAGACUGACGUCGUCGUCGUCUCGCCCGGGCAGACGGUGGACGCGCUCAUGGUCGCCGGCGAGAGGGCGUCGCAGCGGUACUACAUGGUGGCCUCCCCUUACAACAGCGCGCACCCCGACGUGCCAUUCCGAGAAGGCGCCGCCACCGCCGUCGUGGAGUACGCCGCCGCCGGAGCGCCGAGAACCAGGGCGCGGCGGCGGCCGUUGUUCGGUCCGAUGCCACCCUUCAACGACACGGCGACGGCACACCGGUUCUUCACGAGCCUGACCGCGCUCCUCCGCCCGGGCCACCCCACCGUCCCUCUCGCCGUGGACACCCGCAUGUUCGUGACCGUCGGGCUAGGCCUCGCCGCCUGCCGGCCGGAGCAGACGCGGUGCAUGCAGCAGGGGGUCGCGGCGAGCAUGAACAACGCCUCCUUCGAGCUCCCCACCGCCAUGUCCCUCCUCGAGGCGCACUUCAGGAACGUGACCGCCGGCGUCUACACCCGGGACUUCCCCGACCAGCCGCCGCUGGAGUUCAACUACGCCAAGCCGCCGAGCAGCAUGGACGCCACGACGGCCAAGUCGACCAAGGUGAGGACGGUGAGGUACAACGCGACGGUGGAGGUGGUGCUGCAGAACACGGGGCUGCUGGCGAGGGAGAGCCACCCGAUGCACCUCCACGGACACAAUUUCUUCGUGCUCGCGCAGGGGUUCGGCAACUUCCGCCGGGACGCCGCCGUGGCGCGGUACAACCUCGUCAACCCGCAGGAGAGGAACACCCUCGCCGUGCCGCCGGGCGGCUGGGCCGUCAUCCGCUUCGUUGCGAACAACCCGGGUAUGUGGAUCAUGCAUUGCCACUUUGACGCUCAUCUGCCAAUAGGGCUGGCAAUGGCGUUCGAGGUGCUAGACGGGCCAACUCCGGAGACGGCACUUCCUCCACCACCGGCUGACUUGCCCCAGUGUUGAGAGUUUUCGAUCGGAACGUGGAAGACCAGUCAAGAGAUGUC